AAAGUAGCCGGUAGACUUUCUCACUCUUCUCUCCGGAGGUCCGGCGACAGGGCAGGCAGGGGGGAGCAGCACCCGGGGACGCUAACGGACGGCUGGAGUAAGGCGACCUGCGCACCGCGCGUCGUGCGUCGCCGUUUGGAUGUCCGCUGACGGCACACGAGAGGCGCGCCAAGACAGCAGCCAGGUUGGGAAGGCGCCUUCAGCCGCUGACAUCACCUCUGGGUUGGAAAAGGUCACGAUGGCGGACCGCUUCGACUGUGACAACUGCAAAGAGUCCCUUUACGGCCGCAAGUACAUCCAGUCGGACGACAACCCGUACUGUAUCCCCUGCUACGACAGCCUCUUCUCCAACACGUGUGACGAGUGCAAGGAGCUGAUCGCCCACGACGCCAGGGAGCUGUUCUAUGAGGACCGGCAUUAUCACGAACAUUGCUUCCGCUGUUUCCGCUGCGAUCGCUCCUUGGCGGACGAGCCCUUCACCAGCCAGGACGACGCCUUGCUCUGCAACGACUGCUACUGUAACGAGUUCUCCUCCAAGUGUGUGGCCUGCGACAAAACCGUCAUGCCAGGUACUAGGAAGCUGGAGUAUGGUGGCUCCACAUGGCAUGAAGGCUGCUUCAUCUGCCACAGCUGUGAGCAGCCCAUCGGCUCCAAGUCCUUCAUCCCCGACAAGGAUGAACACUACUGUGUGCCCUGCUAUGAGGACAAGUUUGCUCCACGCUGCACCCGGUGUAAAAAGACUCUGUCUAAAGGGGGAGUGACCUACCGGGAUGAGCCCUGGCAUAAGGAGUGCUUUGUGUGCACCGGCUGUAAGAUGCAGCUGGCCGGUCAGCACUUCACCUCCCGGGAGGACAGCCCCUACUGCCUUAAAUGCUUCGGAAGUCUGUACGCCAAGAAGUGCGAGGCCUGCAGUAAGCCCAUCACAGGUUUCGGAGGAGGGAAGUACAUCUCUUUUGAGGAGCGCCAGUGGCACCAGCCCUGCUUCACCUGCACCCAGUGCUCCGUGUCCCUGGUCGGGGCCGGCUUCUACCCGGAUGGAGACAGGAUCCUCUGCCGUGACUGCAACAGCAACCUAUAGAGCAGCUGUUUACCAACCACCACCCCCACCCACCACCACCCACCACCACACACACACACACACACACACACACACAUCCUCGAGGUGGCUGAUAAUGAAGACCAACACAUGUUGCCUCUCUCGCUCUCUCUCUCUCACUGUUUCUCUCUCUAUUUCUAACACACAGGAAGCAACAUGUACACACUGACCGACACACAACAUAAACCUACACACCAGCCACUCACACACACGUGCACAUCCACACACACACACACACACACACACACACA